AUGUCGAAAUUUACCAUGCUCGUACGAAAAUGCCAUGUAUUCCCACCAUCGCUCCGAUGUGCAACAACCACACUCCAACGUCAUAAUUAUGGCAUGACUAACCAGCAACCACUUCUCGGAAAUUUCCGACGAAGUCUGACAACCAAUGCCAUCCCCAACCUCAAACCUCCCCAAUCCCAUUUCCAACCCGAGACUCCUAACCAGGAAUCUUCCUCACAUGUCACAGAGAAACACCCUUUGGGAACCAUGCGGCCAGUAAAGGUCAUUAGCAUCGGAGCGGGAUUCAGCGGUAUCAACAUGGCUCGAGCAUUGAAACGACAAGGCACCAAUAUCGAACACAUAGUCUACGACAAAAACCCCGAGGUGGGCGGUACAUGGUAUGAGAACUGUUACCCCGGAUGUGCAUCCGAUGAUCCUUCUCACAACUAUCAGUUUUCCCACACACCAAAUCCGGGUUGGAGCUCGUUGUUUGCGCCGGCUGCGGAGAUACAGAGGUAUUUAUUGGGUGUGUGCGAUAAGUAUGGGUUGAGGGAUUGUAUUAAACUGUCUCAUAAGAUUAUACGUGCUGAGUGGGAUGAGGCGAAUGGAGAGUGGGUUUUGAGGAUUAAGAAUGAGGUUACGGGGGUGGAUUUUGAGGAUCGAUGUCAUUUUUUGUUGAAUUCUGGGGGCAUGUUUAAUGACUGGAAGUGGCCAGAUAUCAAGGGAUUGCACUCUUUCAAAGGAGAAUUGGUCCAUUCUGCAAAGUGGCAGAAGAAUUUGGAUGUCAAGAAUAAGAGAAUUGCCGUCAUUGGGAAUGGGGCGUCUGGAGUUCAGAUUGUCCCGGUUUUACAACCAGAAGUCACAAAGCUUUCCCAUUUCGUAAGGACAAAGACUUGGAUUUCGCCCAACAGCAAAGCAGUUUCACAUAUCAUGGAAGAGUAUGAACUUGAUACUAAACACAAGUUUUCAGAGAGACAAAUCCAGAAAUUUCGAGAGGAUCCAGAGAAAUACACGAAGUUUCUGAAAGCUAUUGAGGCUUUGUCUAACAAGAGAUUCAAGACAAUCCUACGCGGCAGUCCAGAAGCCCUAGAAGCAAAACGUAUCAUCUCUCUCUACAUGGCCGAUACACUCAACCACGACAAACAACUUCUCGAAGCCCUAAUACCCAAUUUCCCCGUCGGCUGUCGACGCGUUACCCCAGGUAUCGGUUAUUUGAAAGCUCUCACGCAACCAAAUGUCGAUGUCGUCACAACAGGUAUUGAAGAAGUUCAAUCUGAUGGUAUCAAACUUACCAAUGGUGACUUUGUCAAAGUCGAUGCGAUAAUUUGCGCGACGGGAUUUAAUUGUUCGUUCAUACCGCGCUUUCCGAUUAUUGGGGAGUUUGGUAAUUUGCAGGAUAUUUGGAGGGAUCAACCUAGUCAGGCGUAUAUGUCGUGUAUGGUUCCUGCAUACCUCGGACCCAACGGCCCCCUAGCCCACGGCGCCAUCCCCAUCAUCACCGAACAACUAAGCGCCUUUGCCCUAAAAUUCAUCCACAAGUGCCAGCGAGAAAACAUCGCUUCCUUUCGACCUCAGCCACAAGCAGUCAAAGAAUACACAGAACACAUUGCGAAAUUCAUGACGAAGACGGUCUGGGCAAAUGAAGGGGUUCGCAGUUGGUAUCGGAAUGGGAAGAGUGAGGGACCGGUGCUGGCAUUACAUCCGGGGAGUCAGGCGCAUUUUUUUCAUAUGCUGGAGAAGCCUAGGUGGGAGGACUUUGAAUGGAGGGUGGGUGGUGGUAGGGAGAAAGAGGGGAGGGAAGGGGAUAAUAGAUUCGCGUAUUUAGGAAAUGGAUUUUCGGCAAAGGAGUCUGAGGUGGGUGGUGAUGAUACGUGGUAUUGGGGAAAAGCGGAUGAUAUAUGA